GGCCUAGCUGUCCAAUGCCCACCCGGAGCUGGGAGGAGGAGCCUACGUAGAGUGCGUGUGAAGGGAGCCGGGGGAACUGGCCAAGGCCCACGGUGUUUGACCUGACGGUCCGUCCGUGCUUAAGAAGAAAGGAAAGGAGGAGGAGGUCCAGAGUAGCGGUUGCGGAAAUGUACCGGUGUGGAGGCCUGGCGGCGGGUGCUUUGAAGCAUAAGCUGGCGCCCUUGGUGCAGACAGUGUGCGUCCGAGGCCCGAGGCAGAGGAACCGGCUCCCAGGCAACUUGUUCCAGCGAUGGCAUGUUCCUCUAGAACUCCAGAUGACAAGACAAAUGACUAGCUCUGGUGCAUCAGGGGGCAAAAUCGAUAAUUCUGUAUUAGUCCUUAUUGUGGGCUUAUCAACAAUAGGAGCUGGUGCAUAUGUCUACAAGACAAUAAAAGAUGACCAAAAAAGAUACAAUGAAAGAAUUUCAGGGUUAGGGCUGACACCAGAAGAGAAACAGAAAAGGGCCACAUCAUCUGCUCCAGAAGGAGAGCCAGUUCCUGAAGUCAGGGUACCAAGUCACAUUCCAUUCCUGCUCAUCGGUGGAGGCACUGCUGCUUUUGCUGCAGCCAGAUCCAUCCGGGCUCGGGAUCCUGGGGCCAGGGUACUAAUCGUAUCUGAAGAUCCUGAGCUGCCAUACAUGAGACCUCCUCUUUCAAAAGAACUGUGGUUUUCAGAUGAUCCAAAUGUCACAAAGACACUGCGAUUCAAACAAUGGAAUGGGAAAGAGAGGAGCAUAUAUUUCCAGCCACCUUCUUUCUAUGUCUCUGCUCAGGAGCUGCCUCACAUUGAGAAUGGUGGUGUGGCCGUCCUCACUGGGAAGAAGGUAGUACAGCUGGAUGUGAGAGGCAAUGUGGCAAAACUUAAUGAUGGCUCUCAAAUAACCUAUGAAAAGUGCUUGAUUGCAACAGGAGGCACGCCAAGAAGUCUGUCUGCCAUUGACAGGGCUGGAGCAGAGGUGAAGAGUAGGACAACACUUUUCAGAAAGAUUGAAGACUUUAGAACCUUAGAGAAGAUUUCCCGGGAAGUCAAGUCGAUUACAAUUAUCGGUGGGGGCUUCCUUGGUAGUGAACUGGCCUGUGCUCUUGGCCGAAAGGCUCGAGCCUCGGGCACAGAAGUGAUUCAGCUCUUCCCUGAGAAGGGAAAUAUGGGAAAGAUCCUCCCCGAAUACCUCAGCAACUGGACCAUGGAAAAAGUCAGGCAAGAGGGGGUUAAGGUGCUGCCCAGUGCUAUUGUGCAAUCAGUUGGAGUUGGCGGUGGCAGGUUACUCAUCAAGCUGAAAGAUGGCCGGAAGGUAGAAACUGACCACAUAGUGGCAGCCGUGGGCCUGGAGCCCAAUGUUGAGUUGGCCAAGACUGGCGGACUGGAGAUAGACUCUGACUUUGGUGGCUUCCGUGUAAAUGCAGAGCUCCAGGCCCGCUCUAACAUCUGGGUGGCAGGAGAUGCUGCAUGUUUCUACGAUAUAAAGUUGGGUAGAAGGCGGGUGGAGCACCAUGAUCACGCUGUUGUGAGCGGAAGAUUGGCUGGAGAAAAUAUGACUGGAGCUGCUAAGCCGUACUGGCAUCAGUCAAUGUUCUGGAGUGAUUUGGGCCCCGAUGUUGGCUAUGAAGCUAUUGGUCUUGUGGACAGUAGUUUGCCCACAGUCGGCGUUUUUGCAAAAGCAACCGCACAAGACAACCCCAAAUCUGCCACAGAGCAGUCAGGUCUCUUCUCUCUCCCUUCGUGACCUUGGCUGAAGUUAUUUAACCUCUGUGUCCUCUUGUUAGAGGCAUUUCAAGGACAAGUUGUUCUUUAAGAAGGAGAAAGCAAGACAUUAUAUGGAUACGAGGUCCUUUUCCCGUGUAAUCUAAGUGGAUUACAUAUACCCACUCCUUAAUUCGGACCUCUCCUGGGAAGUGGAUCCAGCAGGGGGACCCAGGGACUUAUACAGUAGGUGUUUAUAAACUACAGGUCACUACUCUCUCCACUGGGCAGUAUUACUUGAAGCCUGGUUGUUCCCAGAAGACAAAAUGCCCUCUCCCCAGGCUGUUGCCACCACCCUGCACAGGAGGAAACACUUCCAUAUGGUUCUUCCAUAUGGAAGUGCCUUCUGCUUUGGCCAGAGUGUCUCUGGCAGUGCCAUCCAAGUGAACUUUCUGCUAUGAUGGCAGUGUUCUAUCUCUACUCUGUCCAAUACAUUAGCCACUAACCACAUGUGGCUCUUUAGUAUUUGAAAUGUGGGUAGUGCAAAUGAAGAACUGAAUUUUACAUUUUAUUUAAUUUUAACUAAAACAAACUUCAAUUUUGAAUUAAUUUUAAUUAGAAUAGCUAUAUGUGACUAGUGGCUGUUGUACUGACCAUGUAGCACUAGAAUGUUUCUCAGGGGACAAGAGCAAGUCUUCUGUAGUUUGAAAAAAGAUCCCAGGAAAUAUCCGUAAUGUAAAUUGAAAAUGAGAUAGGAAGUUUGGGGUCAGACUGACCCAGUGCCCAGGAGCUGGCAAGGAAGAGCUUUUGUUGGCUUUGUCAAUGGAGAGGGGCUGGAAUAGGCCAGUGUUUACUGAGGUGGCAUAGAAAAACAAAUCAUUUAGAAGCAGCUUGAAGCAGGUGUUGAAAGAUACUUGCCUUCUAGAAUUUCCAAGCUCAUAAGAACUGACUUUGUUUUGUUUUGACUUUGCUUGUU